CUUUAUUUAUUCAAAGUAUAAUGUCUAUAUUUUGACUUGAUGUCCUCACCAAAUUCUUAAACUACAAUUAUUCCAUUUCACGAUUUUCUUUUAGAAUUGGCAAACUGACCAUUUUUAUUAUUGUUUUUCUCUAGAUCAAAUUAAAUUCAAUCUAUUCAAAAAUCACCCAGACAUAAACGACUAGACAUGACAUGAAUAAUCUAGAAGAUUCCAGAAAUUUCGAGAAACGAAAAUAAGACCAUUUCUUUUUUCUGUUGGCCCAGAUGAUUUCCACAGAAAUAAACAAACAUUAAAACCUUCUUUGAGUUUCUAGCUAUACUUUUAUGCCAUUGUUACCAAUAAUGCGAUUAUUUAUUUAUAAUAACCAAAUGCUUCUGUGGUCUCGUUGGAAAAGACAUGUUAGGAAGGUGACUGUUGUAGAAAAUUUCUUUGGAAAUAUUACUAAACCAAGGAUGGUAAUAAAAAUGAAACUGGUGUAAGGUAUUAAUGGAAUGGAUGUGAUGGUAGUGCUUAUUGUAUUAGUGGAGCGAUGAUGAUGAUGAAGGUGGGAAAUUGGUGAUAGACGUACAAGUGUUAUUGAGGAAGAGCUGAUCUUUGCCAAGGUAGGAAAUUGGUGACAGACGUACGACAAAUGUUAUUGAAAAAGAGCUGAUCUUUCUCUUCUCUUUUCGCAUCUAUUCACAUUUAAGAUGCUUUAUGAGAUAUAAUUCAAUCCCAGUUCUUCACAGGUACUUUGUUUUAUCUCUCCUCCAUCCACCUGAAGGAUGAAAUGUAACGUUGACUUCAGCUAAAUUUGAACUCAAAACACCGGGAGUCGUAACUAAAUAUCGAUGCGUUAACGAUUCUGCCGAUCCACCCCCAUGGUAAUAGAAAAGUAAUUGGAGUGCGGACAUGCUGGAGCACCACCUUGGAGGGUUUAAUCGAGCGAAUCGACCCUACUACUUAUCUUUGAAAGCCUGGAAUUUAUUCUUUCCGUCGUCUGAAUCACCAAGUUAUGGAGACAUAAACAAACCAACAACGAUUGUCAAGCAGUGAUUAUGCUGUAUGUGUUUAAAUGACGAGAAUUUAAGUCCGCAGUAAAUUGCGCGGGUAAUUUGUUCUUUGGAUCCAUCUGUGUGUAGAAGCAUUUAGAUAAAGGAAUCUUUUAGAUCUGUGCUUAAGACAGGAUGGGAACUCUAUCAGAAGAACUGAAAUCUAAAUUUCAGCUGGAAGAUGACGAAAAUGAUGUUUUGGAUAAACUUUAUGAACUUCUUCACAGUUACAAACUGGAAGUCAGUGACUUACACGAUCACUGGAUCGCUUUCCUCAUGACUAAAAAAAUGGAUUUAGUUACAAAACCUUCACUGAGGUUGGCUUCAAUAAUGCAGAGAGAUGUUCUUGCUAAGAAAGCCAUUGCUGCCACCACCACCACCAACAACAACAACAACAACAGCAUAACUGAAAUAGAAUCAAUAGAAGAUCCGUCAGGAUUUGAAGAUAUGAUGUCCAUGUACAAUGUAAAAACACCAAGUUCAAUGUCCAAAAGUAAAAAACGACCAAGAUCUCCAGAUAUUCCCAAGAAGUCCUUAAAUACCAGUUUUAAUGCACUACUACCAGAACUUUAUUCCCCAAAGAGUGCUACUCCUCCACGUAUUUUCAAAGAUCGCACAAAUUCUGGUGAAUGUGUUCUCAGUUUUGGAAACGUAACCUCUGCUCAUUGGUCAGACACCAGCCUCAAAUGUUCCUUUGAUCUUUUCGAUGCAUCUUCAGUUCUUACAAAUUCUAUCAAAUAUAUGUUUGAAAAGAAACAUGACCAAGCUGAAUACCUGAACGAUCAGAUUGAUAAAGUGAGUUCUCAGCUUAAACAGAAAUAUGAAUUGGAAGAAUUUCAUCACAUUGGUCGUUCAUCUCAAGCAACUGUUACCAUUGCUGGCCGUAUUUGCGGUGAGUGUGAGAGUCGUUUGAAUGCUCAGUCAAUCAUUCUAGAAGGUUCUCAUGAUACUUCCUCAGGAAUGACAUGUCCUAUUGAUGUAUCAGAAUUAAAAGACUACUCGUUGUUUCCUGGACAGAUUGUUGCUUUUGAUGCUAUAAAUCCAAAUGGUAAAAUGUUUAUGGCUAAGAAAAUCUAUGAUAAUGUUCCGUUGCAGCAAGCUCCUCUAGUGCCAGAGAAAUUGCCAAAAGGCUCCAGUUUGAAUAUCUUGAUAGCUGCUGGGCCGUUUCUUACAACAGACAGUAUAAUGUUUGAACCUCUCACAGAUCUUUUAAAUGUUUGCCAGAAAGAGAAACCUCAUAUGUGUAUUUUGAUCGGACCAUUCCUUGAUGAAGAACACACUGGUAUCCAGACUUUAAAAGACGAGAGUUAUGAAACAAUGUUUACUCGAGUUUGUCAAGGAAUCAAGGAAAUUGCUGAGCAGCUCCGCUGUACCAUGGUGUUGGUACCAUCUGCUCGAGAUGUCCACAACACACCGAUAUAUCCACAACCACCAUUUGAAUAUGGAGAGAGUGAGUUCAUGCAUUUUGUAACUGAUCCGAGCCUUCUGUCUAUUAACGGUGUAGUGUUUGGGAUCACAUCUACUGAUGUCAUCUUCCACAUUAGUAACUCUGAAUGCUUUGCGAGCACAAAUCCAAUGAAUCGCUUCAAACGAAUCAUACGCCAUUUGUUCUCUCAGCAAAGCUUCUAUCCAUUGUAUCCAUCACAUAACGAUGUCAGCAUUAGUUUCAGUCUUGCAGAAAGUUUUGAACUUCCCACCAAACCUCACGUGUUGAUCAUACCAUCUCAGUUCCGCUAUUUCGUUGUGGAUGUGGAUGACUGUUGCUGUAUCAAUCCUGGGAAUCUAACCAAACGAGAAGCUGGAGGAACGUUUGCUCUCAUGAAUAUUCACAGAAGUAACAACGAUCAGAAAAGUUCUCUUAUUUCAGACACUGCCGUCAAAAUUGUCCGAGUGUAAAUAAAAUAGAUGUAAAUGGAUUUCAUUUUAAAACAAACAUUAAAGAUUAUUGAAAGGUGGCAAGCUUGUAGAAUUGUUACUGCGCUGAACAAAAUGCUUAACAGCAUUUUUUCCGACUCUUGACAUGACGAGUUCAAUUUCUACCAAGGUCGACUUUGCCUUUCAUCCUUUCCCACGCCCCGAAAAUCGCUGGCCUUGUGCCAAAAUUUGAAAUUAUUAUUAUUAUAACUGAAUAAAACUAAUGAAAGCAAA